UCUUGUUUGGGAACUGCGGAUAGACGCAGUGUUCUUUAUCCAAGUUCUAUGAGAUUGUGAAGCCACCACGGGCACUUUCCCUUUAACUCGAUACAAAGUAUGCGAUAGUGUCUUUAAAGAAAGAAAGAGAAUUUUGUCUUGUCCCGGAAGUAGCGUCUGUGACCCAUGCGGAAAGGGCUCUACCGGAGCGUUUUGUCAUCCACAUUAGUAGGCUCACUUUAGGGGUAUCACUGAAUGAGAUGGCAGCGGAAGCUAAACGGCUGAAACUGGAGACCGAUAAAAGCACUGACAACCUCACCAACGAUUCUCUAAUCCAUUUUCUAAACUGGUGUGAAAAAGUGGGAGUGGUGAUUAGUCCUAAGGUGUAUGUGAACAAAAAGGGCACAGUUUCAGAUUAUGGCAUGCUGGCACGGGAGGAUAUCGAAGAAGGAGAAGUGCUCUUCACUGUGCCUCGAUCUGCAGUUCUGUAUCAGAACACCACUGCAAUACACUCCAUGUUGGAAAAAGAGAAGGAGAUUUUGGACAGCCAGUCUGGCUGGGUACCCCUCCUCCUGUCCCUGCUGUAUGAGGUCACAAACAGCGAGUCCCACUGGAAGCCGUACUUCUCUCUCUGGCCAGAUUUUUGUUUUCUUAACCACCCCAUGUUCUGGUCUGAAGGUGAAAGACAAAGGCUUCUCUCAGGCACUAGUAUUUUGGAAGCAGUCCAUAAGGAUAUUGUCAAUAUCCAGCAUGAGUACAAUACCAUUGUUCUGCCAUUCAUGAAGUCCCAUCCAGAGUUUUUUGAUCCCCAGAAACAUACGCUGGAACUCUACCAGAAGCUGGUGGCAUUUGUCAUGGCCUACAGCUUAGAUAACAAUGUAGACUGGAUGUUAGUAAAGAUUGGGGCUGUGUAG